AUGGACAAAACUACGUCUAUCGUCGCUGCAUUUAAUGCAGGAAAACAACCGUCACAACAUCAGAUUAAUGCCUGGAUCGACGCACUUCUAAGCUCUGAGCUCCUACAGGUCGGGCAGUCUUCCGUUGGGGGAGAGCUCAGCGAGAGCGGCGUCAAACUCGCCAAGGAUGCUCGAAAUAUUCUCCAGGCGUAUAAAGCCUAUGGCUCGAGCAAGAAUGCCGAUAAUCACCUUCAGGAUGCACUGUACCAGCUCACACAAGCAGACGUUUCCGCUUCCUCUCUCAAUGUUGAUGCCCCUAUGGACAGAGAAGAAGCGACUCGCGACUACCGCGCUGUUGCUUCCUCCCUUCGCACGUCUUUGCAAGUCCUAUGGACCAACGCAACGACGGAGGGCGGCGGCGUCUUCACCGAUUUUGCUUCCUUUUUACGCCUCUCAGUCGCAGACGCUGCAGAAGCCGUCAGCAAAACUGCCGCUCAUACUGCGGAGAACCUGAGGCAAACCGAGGAUGAAGUUCAAAGUGGAGACCGUGACGCCGUAGGAAGAAAAAGGAAGUCUCACGAUGAUGACGCCAACGCCGACGUGAAAGUCAAAUUUGAGAAGGGUAUGGACAGCGCAAAGGUCGCUGGCGCAUCGAUUAUCAGCGCAGGCCAGGAGGCCAAGUCCAAGGCCGACGACAUGGCUGCGAAAUCUAGCCAGAGACUCACUGAAAUGUGCACAAGGAUUGCUAAGCGUGCUCAAGAGGACGAGCAAUAUCGCAAAUCGCUCGAUACCAUCUUCGAUCUCGUGCAAAAAUGGCUCACCUUGACUCAAGACGCUGCCGCCGGCGCUUCGCAAGAGACGUCGCUUGAUUCCUUCAUCCACGACCCCACGCCGGACAAGCAUCUCAUCAAUGCCUUGCGAUCCAUUCGCACCCUCGUCGAGAAUAUUGCGGGUGGGAAGAGUCUCGAAGAUUUGUUUUCCGCCCUCCGCAAGUGCGUGCUCGACAUUCGUCGCGACAAGGACCUUCAGUCACUGGUGAACGACUUCCUUACCUUCGCCAAGAAGAGCUUUGCUACCGUCGGACUCGAGGAUGCCCAGGAGCAAGAACGCCAUGAUCUUAAGAGGCGCUGGAAGGAGUUGAUGGAGGGCGAUACUGAUUCUGCCAAGAGGUGGAAGGAAGACGUUGGCAGGUUACGGUCGCAGGUGGAAGCCUUCGAGGAUCGUGUGCACAAAGAUGUCGAACUCCAGAAGAUCAGGAAGGCGCAUGCCCAGUUCGGUGAUGAUCUGCAAGAGACGCUGUUCAAGGCAUCUGCUACAGGACUGCAGUUGUCGUUGGACCACGCAUCAUGGGUUUGGCAGGAUGCUUUCAACGCGUAUCUUCCGAGACUUCUGAGCUUGGUGCAGAGUGUUCCCAUUCCUAGAACCGAAUACAAAGAUCCCCAGGUAGAAUUCGUGUUGGAAGAUCUGGAUAUUUCGUCAUUCUCCAUCUUACCCGGUCACAUCUUCAUCCGAAAUAUCACCGACAUCGAUAUCACCGCGCCUGAGAACAGGGCUGCCACGACCGCCGUCGGCUCGCUCACACACGUACAUGUUAAAGCGCUCCAGCUUUCUCUGCGCGAAGUAUCGUUCUACUACCAAGACAAGACAGCUUCUCUCGGGCCUUCCGAGUUUACUGGUCUGGUUGAGGUGACGCUUCCUCCGCAGGGUAUCGACGUCGACGUCAAGCUGCGCAUGAUCCCAAACACGCCCGAGGGCCUGAAAAUGCGCGAGCAGUGUGGCGGGUAUCACCGCAUCGAGCGUGUCGACGUGCAGGUGUCGGAGGACGUUGCGUUUGUGAUCAAGCAGUCGAAUCACCCCGUCCUCGUGUCUGUGUUCAAGCCGAUCUUUAACGCGCGCCUCCGGGACACGCUCCAGACAGUGCUGAGAGAGCAGAUCCGCGCGACGCUGGAGUGGGCGGAUGGCAUGGCGUGGGACGUGGGUCGGCGCGCGGAGGUAUUCAGCGAUGCCGGCCUCGGCCAGGGCGCCUCGCUCGCCGCCGCAUUUUGGAGCGAGCUCGGGAGGGUGAAGAGAGAGGAAGGAGGGCUGUUCAGCGGGUGGCGGGCGAUGGGGACGGGCGUGGUGAAGGACAUCGGGAGCGGAGAGGGGGGCGGGAAGGCGAAGUUUGCGAUGGGUGCGGAGCCGCAGGUGAUCAGUGGGGAGAAGAGAGGUCCGAAGGGAACGCUGUCGAAGCCGUUAGGUGAGACCGCCAAGGAGAGCGUGGGUGAGGCGACCGGGCUGGAUGCGGGUCUUGACGCGGACACAGACAUUGAUAUAGAGGGCGUGGCAAGUCACGUCGCGGGAGGCGUGAAGGAGGGUGUGCAGAAGGGCGCGCAGACAGCGAGGUCGUUCAAGAGUUUGAUUGAACAUAAGAGAGAGCAGGAGGAGAACAGGCCUGGGUGGUCGAGUCCUGCUUUCGACGUUGGGCGUUGA